AUGUCAUCGUGGCCAAUAGAUACCCUUUAUAACUGUAUUAGACAUCAAUUCCAUUUUGUCAAUCUGAAGAAGAACUGGACCGAAGCUCAGCGUUACUGUAGGGAAAAGUUCAUCGACCUUGCCAACAUCCAGAGCCAAGCCUCCAACACCGAGGCCAGGCAGGUGGCAACAGGAUACCAAUACGUCUGGAUCGGACUCUACAAUGGCGCCUGGAAAUGGUCUCAGGAGGGCACAAAGGUCGAAAGCUUUGUUCUUUAUCAGGCCGCGGGCAACUGGGGGUCCAAGGGGUGUGCGGCGCUGAGAGUAGACGGACGCUGGAAGGACGAAGGCUCUGCAGACCACAAGUAUGUUGUGGUGCAGCAGCAGAUGAACUGGACAGACGCUCAGACCUUCUGCAGGAAGAAUCACGUAGAUCUGAGCAGCAUCAGGAGUCACCAGGAACGCUACAGCAUGACCCAACAGUUGCUGUCAUCGGUGGCAAACACAAUUGAGAAAGACGCCUGGAUUGGUUUGUACAGAGACAAGUGGGAGUGGUCAGAUGGGAAGGAACAGCCCUACAGGCAGUGGAGCAUCCUGUCUCACUCGUUAUCAAACUGCAUCACAAUAGGCUCGCACACGGGAAUCUGGAGCAGCAAACCCUGCGAGGAAAAACGUUCCUUCCUGUGUUACUCACGUGAGUGUUCCUUCAGGUUCUGCAGACUCUGA